AAAAAUUAAAGCAAUCGAUGAACUUCUCCUCGUUUCUUGAUUAAUUCUUUUAAAAAAAAGAGAGAAAAUAAAAAGAAAAUAAAAAUGCCAGGGUUGAGAGGUCCCUCCGAUUACUCGCAAGAACCAGCUCGCCACCCCGCUCUCAUAAUUAAUUCCAAGCAACCAUUCAAUGCAGAACCUCAUCGUUCAGCUUUGGUUGCCUCGUAUAUUACACCUGUGGAUUUCUUUUACAAGAGAAAUCAUGGGCCAAUUCCAGUUGUUGAUGAUAUUGAGAGGUAUCGUGUCACGAUUGAGGGUUUGGUGGAGAAGCCAGUGCAACUGUCUAUGAGUGAAAUUAGGAAACUCCCCAAAUAUACCGUGGCUGCAACUUUACAGUGUGCAGGUAAUAGAAGGACAGCAAUGAGCAAAGCACGGACAGUUAAAGGUGUCGGUUGGGAUGUUGCUGCUCUUGGAAAUGCAACUUGGGGAGGAGCGAAAUUAUCAGAUGUACUUGAGAUUGUUGGGAUAUCUAAGCUUACUUCAGUCUCAUCAUUGGGAGGGAAGCAUGUUGAAUUUGUUAGUGUUGACAAGUGUAAGGAGGAAAAAGGUGGCCCUUAUAAGGCAUCAAUUCCAUUAAGGCAGGCUACAAAUCCUGAUGCUGAUGUCCUACUUGCAUAUGAAAUGAAUGGAGAGAUCAUCAACCGUGACCAUGGAUAUCCAUUACGUGUGAUUGUUCCUGGUGUUAUUGGUGCCCGAUCUGUUAAGUGGCUGGAUAGCAUUUCUGUAAUCAAAGAAGAAUGUCAGGGCUUUUUUAUGCAAAAGGACUACAAGAUGUUUCCACCCUCAGUUAAUUGGGACAAUAUCAAUUGGUCAAGUAGGAAGGCACAGAUGGAUUUUCCAGUGCAGUGUGCUAUUUGUUCCUUGGAGGAUGAGAGUGUUGUUGAUCAAGGAAAGGUUACUGUCAGUGGCUAUGCCCUCUCUGGUGGUGGGCGAGGUAUUGAGAGGGUGGAUAUAUCUGUUGAUGGGGGCAAGACUUGGGUGGAAGCAGAUAGAUAUCAAAAGAGCAGUGUGCCGUAUGCAUCUGAUGGCAUAAAUAGCGAUAAGUGGGCUUGGGUCCUCUUUAAAGCUGUGGUUGAUGUACCAGAAAAUGCUGAGAUAAUUGCUAAAGCGGUUGACACAGCAGCAAAUGUUCAACCUGAGAAUGUGGAGGACAUAUGGAAUCUGAGAGGUAUUCUCAACACAUCGUGGCACCGGGUUCAUGUGAGAAAAGCUUCACGAUUAACCAAGUCAAAUCUGUGAAUUAAGGAGUCGAGACUGAAGAUAAACCGAGAGUUUAUUCGUGCUUGAUGCUGCAUAAUUUCUUACUUGAAAAUCUAUAUCCAGUGGAUAGGGUUAUGCACUAGAUGCCUUUUUAUCUGUGUAUUACACAUAGGCGCUCUAAUAAGUAGUAGCGGUAUGGAUCUUGUUUUGUUGGAAUGGACCGUGACUAUUGGCUUUUCACCUUGUGCAAAUAAUAGCAAAAUCUGCAUCGCGUGUAGGUUAAUGUCUCAAAAUUUCGCUUUGAUGCUUGUGAGCGUCGGCAAGGCUGUGAAGUGUCAGAUAGUCGUGAUAUCGGGAUUGAUAUUGUUGCAUUCUGUGACCAAGUUGCAUGUUCAAAUGCAGUAGUUUACUUUC